AUGAGCCUGCAGCUAACAUUCACGAGCUACCCGGAAGCCCUCGCAGACAAUUCCUGGGAUAACACCGGACUUCUCCUCGAGGCGCCCUUCGUCCCCACGCGCCGCCAAUCGAACAAUGUCCUCCUUACGAUCGAUCUCACCAAAGCGGUCGCUGAUGAGGCGAUUGAGCUCAAUUCGUCUAUUAUUAUCGCAUACCACCCCAUCAUAUUCCGCGGACUAAAAUCCAUUACUUUGGCAAACUCGCAACAACAGACGCUGCUUCGACUAGCAAGCCAUGGAAUCAGUGUAUACAGUCCGCAUACGGCGGUGGAUGCAGCUCCAGGAGGACUCGGGGAUUGGUUAGCGGACAUCGUGACAGGCAACAAGAAAACCCCAGGGCUAGAAAAGUCCGAAGCAGGCUCAGACGCAGGAAACACACAGAAGAAAGAAGACGAGGAUCCAUUCGUGGAGGACAAGCGACCGAAGCGACCGACAUGGGCGCUUGCGCACCACCCGUCGUCAAUGCAGACAACAUUCCGUCUGGGCAGUCAGUCUACGCCUCUGUCAACGAUCCCUCAUACUCGCAAACCCAUCAUCCCUCAAUCACCGGAGCUGGAAACACAUCCUGGUGCUGGCAUGGGUCGCGUCGUUACCUUCGACACACCGCAGCCCCUCCCUGCCCUGCUCGACCGAAUCGGCCGCGGCCUCAACAACCCGAAAGGCUUCCCCAUCGCCAUACCACAGACCGCACAAAUGUCUGAGCUCACCAUCCGCAGUGUAGGUAUCUGCGCUGGAUCAGGUGCCUCGCUCCUGAGCCACCUUGAUGUCGACCUGCUCUUCACGGGAGAGAUGAGCCAUCACGAAGCGCUUGCGGCGAUUGAGAAGGGCCAGGUUGUGAUCAAUCUGUUCCAUAGCAACUCUGAGAGAGGCUUCUUGAGCGACGUGCUUUUACCUCAGCUGGACGAUGCAGUCGAAGAGGAAUGGAAGAACCUACGUGACGAUGAAACUGGUGCCGAGGGACUGGAGGAGGCCCUGGCAGACGAAAAUUUCGAGAUUAUGCUUAGUGAGGUGGACAGGGACCCAUAUGGGAUUGUGGUGUUGGACAAUGAUGGACAGUAA